CUUGAACCUAGAUAAUAUCAGCAACUAUCGCCGCCGACGACGCCCAUCUCAACAUCUCAAGAGUGCAUACGUUUCUCGCCACGCUCUCCUCUCCACCCACCUUGUCGGACUUCCAACGUGUGAAACUCCAAAACGCCAACAUCUUGGACGGCUUGGCACAGCGCUCGGUCCCCCUCGCUUCCUUCUCAGCACUAGCGCCGAAGCGGUGUUGACACCGCAGUCCGCAUCCGAGAACUCAAUAUCACACACCUCGUUCACGUCGGCGAGCUAGCUCCUAGGAACGAAACCAUCUCCCUCCUCCCCUCUUCAUCUUGGCCCACUCCACAUUCUUUUCCUCUGCUCACCUCCCCCAUGACUACCUUGCAACCACCACCUCGCCACUCCGCCUCCGGCUCGGGCUCUCACACAGCUCCCGCCUCUCCAGAACCAACAUGGAAGAGCCGGAUGAAAGCGACGGGCAUGCGUUGGGGCAAGGCGGCGAGCGACCGCGCCAUCAAGGUGAACGACUACGUGGGGCCAAAGGUUAACUCGUUCGCCGAGAACAAGUUCGGGACGCACGCAUUCUGGCCGACCUCUGGCGACUUCCCCGCCGAGAUGGACAAGGCCGCCGCUAUCCUGCGCGAGUUCACCGUGUCUGGCGUCGUGACGACCGACAAGAAGACUAAGCGCAAGGUGCUGCGCAAGGUGCCCCCAGCCGUGCUGAAGGACGCGCAGGGCCUGGCUAUUUUCACCUCCAUGCGGUCGGGCAUCGCGCCGCUCGGCGGCGCGGGCGGCGCGGGUGUGGUCGUCGCGCGGCUCGAGGACGGGUCGUGGUCCGCGCCAGCGUCCAUCUCGCCGCAGAAUCUCUCGACGGGCUUCCUCAUCGGCAUCGACGUGUAUGAUUGCAUCCUCGUCAUCCGGACGCGCAAAGCGCUCGAGUCCUUCUUUGGGCACAAGGUCACGCUGGGCACUGAGAUCGGCGUGGCUGCUGGGCCAUACGGUGUCGGUGCGGCCAUGGAAGCGGGCCGCGAGGCUGCCCCCGUCUUCUCCUACGUGAAGAGUAAGGGGAUAUACGCAGGCAUUGAGGUGGUCGGACAAGUGUUCGCGAGCCGCUUCGACGAGAAUGCCGAAAUGUACCACUGGCCAGGAAUCAAGGCGGGCGACAUCCUCACGGGCAGGGUCAAGGUGCCGCCCGAGGCCGCGAACCUGCAAGCCGCACUUGUGGACGCGGCGACUGGGCGAGCCCAGCAGCGCAAAGGCUCGCAGCUGGAUAUGCCAGUCGAUGAGCUCGCGCAGACUGUCGUCCUCGAGGAUGGCGAGGUGCUCAAGCUCCCACCGACGCCUGACCAGACCGAUGGGCACGAGUACGAGUCGGACCCGGAGACGGAGGAGGUCAUUCGCCGUUCGCGUCCCCCCGUCUUGCCUCCGCGCCGAGACGGCGCGCCUCCCGCACUGCCGCCACGCCACCCGCGGCGCUCAGGCGAAAUGGAGCCGAACCUCCUCGGCUCAGCGAGCGUCGGAGCCAGUCCCCACGGUAGCCCUCGUCUCGCCCCCCCUCUCCCGCCCCGCGCUGCCACCAGACCCCAGAGCAUGGUCAUCUCGCCGACUGCGAUCGCGUUCUCCGCCUCACCCACUUCUACGUCCCCUGUCGCACACUUCGAGAAGGCUGCGGACCAUUCGGACGCGCCGCCGAGCUACGAGGUUGCCGAGGCCCUCCCGCUCGACGCCAACGUCCACCUCACCCCCGCCCCGACCGGGGCGCUCCUCGCGCCGCCUGCCGUCGCCUCACCUGCGUCAUCGUAUAGUGCAUACGACGACGACGUGGACCAAUUCAACUUGGCUGUUGGUACUAGCCCCGCUUCCGCACCUGCCCCACUGGCGCCCAGCCCUGCGGUUGGUCCUGCGGACGCGCUGCAGCCCGCACUUGUUCCAGAGAAGGCCCACCCCAUCGCGGAGCAGAGCACCAUGCCGCAGGGAGAGAUGAGCGAGAGCGAGCGCCGCGAGUGGGAGCAGCACUGGGAGGAGGAGCGGCGCAAGGCCCAGGCUGCUGGCAAGGGCAAGCAGAAGGAGGAGAGCCUGUUGUAAUAGAUCCUAGAUGUAUAGAUGAGAUGUGCA